AUGGCGCCAGGGCUUCCACCACAUCCCGCAAGCGGACUCGAUACUUUGAAAGCGGCAGGUCUUGAAGCUGUCAAAGCGCUCGCAUCUGCCGGGCAGCAAUUUGCGAUCCGUAGCGGUGGCCACACGCAGUAUCCCGGGGCGAACAACAUCGACAAUGGGGUCACCAUCGACCUCGGAUUGAUGAAGUGGACCCGCUACAAGCCGGAAUCGGAGACUGUCGACGUCGGCCCUGCAGGUCGUUGGCGCGAUGUGUAUGCCGAGUUGCGACCACACGAACGGGUCGUGGCCGGCGGAAGAGAAGGCGGGGUGGGUUUUGCCGGGAUGCUGUUGGGCGGUGGCAAUACAUUCCUCACGGCAAGACUUGGCUGUGCCUGUGACAACGUGUUGGCGUAUGAAACGGGGGGUUCAAGCAAUUUCGGGAUCGUGACCAACUUCACCCUCAGGGCAAUCGAGAACGAUGAGGUUUGGGGCGGGCUGGCGAUCUUCCCGAAGCUGGUCUCCGCGCAGGCGGCAGAAGCGCUUCCUCGCUUCAACGACAUCGUCGUCGAUGAUGUAGACAGCAACCUCUUGACCUUAUACACGUACAUGGAUGUGGUAGUCGUAGCCAUGUAUGCCCAAGUCGCGGGGAUCCCUCGCGCACCUUCCUAUCCUGAAUGGCCGACACUGCCCGGAGUUGCUACGACUUACAAGCAAAUAUCCAUCACGGAGAUGGCGGCGGAAUAUAAUUUACCCACAGGCUAUUACAACACAUGGUUCACGGCAGAUUUCCUCAACGACACCCGCAUCGUGUCCCACGCGGUCCACGAGCACGAGGGACUCGUCGGACGCCUGAAAGUGCGAAUUCUAGGUGGAGAUUUCAUCACGCAAUGCCUAUUCCAGCCGCUGCCAGCAAUCUUUGCGCAACAGGCGAUCGAGUCCGGCGGCGGCGGAAAUGUGCUGGGGCUGGAGCGGCAAAGCGAGAAUGCCCUCAUGUGGCUGGCGGCCAUCAUGGUGCGCACUCCCGAGCAGGAGAAGUUCGCAUACGAGGAAGCGCAAGGCUGGGUACAGCGCGUACGGGAGUUCGCUGCGACGAUCCCGGGAGGCAAUCAGGAGUGGGAGUAUCUGAACUAUGCAGACGGGUCGCAAGAUCCGCUCGCUUCGUAUGGCCCGACCAACGCGCAGAAGCUCCGCGAAGUGAGCGGGAAGUAUGAUCCCCAACAGGUCUUCCAGAGAUUCGCGAGGGGAGGAUUCAAGAUCGCAACGAGUAGUAUAGCGAAGUGA